GGGAUCUGACAGAUGCCAAAACGGAGAGCAAGGUGGGCUCCCUGCAGCACGAGGUGGAGUGGCAGGCCUACCACAACGUCCUGAAGAGGUCACGCGUGAUGGAGCGCACCAGGUGGAUAGACAUCCGCGGAAAUCACGAUGCCUUCAAUAUUAUGUCGCUGGACAGCAUCAACAACUAUUACCGGAAGUACUCGGCUAAUCAGAAAGUCGGCUCUUUCCACUACGUUCACAAAACUCCCUUUGGCAACUACUCUUUUGUCUGUGCGGAUGCCACCCUGACUCCAGGACCCAAGAGGCCGUACAAUUUCUUUGGUAUUCUCAACCAGACUCAGAUGGACUUGCUGGACACGUUCAGAGCUGAGAGUCUGAAAAGCAACCAGUCGAUCUGGUUUGGCCACUACACCACAUCCACCGUUGUCUCCCCUUCUCCGGGAGUUCGGGACAUGAUGAGAUCUGCAGUUGCCUAUUUGUGUGGCCACCUGCACACACUGGGCGGCCUGAUGCCCGUCCUCCACAGCCGACAUCCCCAAGGCACCCUGGAGCUGGAGCUGGGUGACUGGAUGGACAACCGCCGGUACAGGGUUCUGGCCUUUGACCACGACCUGCUGAGUUUCUCUGACCUGAGGUUUGAGCAGUGGCCUGCAGUGCUCAUUACCAACCCCAAGGACGCGCAGUACCUUCAUCCCGGAGUGGAGCCGCUGGGUCGAAUACGGAGAUCGACACACAUCAGAAUCUUGGCCUUCUCCGAGGCUCCAAUCACAGCAGUGCAUGUGAGUGUGGACGGGGAACCUCUGGGGAAAGGCCACUCUGCCGGAGGUCCUCUGUACGUGCUGCUGUGGGAUCCGUCUCUCUACCUCACUGGACUGCACACCAUCAGAGUUAAAGUGGAGGACGCGGCAGGCCGGUCGUCGGUGCGGGAGCAGCACUUUACUCUGGAGGACGACCUGACUCCUAGCUUUGGUUUCGUGCAGUCCUUCAUCCUCCUCACAGAUCAUUACAUCCUGGGCCGAGUGGUUUUCAUAUUUAUGAUGCUGCUGAAUGUCGGCGUGCUGCUGGCCUUCAGGUUCCUGCGUGUUCCCCCCGGGAGAGGAUUGACCUCUCAAGCCUGUAUGUCGCUCCAUCUGGUCAGUACAAUGGACACCUUCUACUACUCGCUGCUGCUGUUCAACCUGUGUACAGCGUUAGGUCCAUGGUUCAUAGGAGAGCUGAUAGACGGCCAUAGUGGGGCCUGCUUCGCCUUUGGGGUGUUCGUUGAUGGGCACUUCCUGGAGGGCAGUCUCACUUACGUUGUUGGAGUUGUGCAAAUCCUGUUCUUCAACAUGCCCCUCACCUCUUAUCUGUGCUGGAGCCUCCACCACCGUUGCCGUGGCAACACCUUCCAAUCCCACUUCCUGCGGCCGGGCUGCCGCUGGCGGACUCUGGCGGUUCACCUCUUCAUGCUGCUGCUGCUCACUUGGCAGGCCCACUCCUGCUACUUUCUCCUGGAGACCUACGGCCUCAUAGCCUUCUUCCUGUCCCCUGUCCGCACAUGGGCGUUCGGGCUCAGUCUGCUAUUGGUCUACCGCGCCUGGACUGGCCCCGCCCCUCUCCUCCGCGACAACAGCAAGGGCGUCUCUCCCUCUUGACAGUAAUUGCACUGCACCGCCACCAUUCUUC